AUGAGGAGAUUCUAUAACAGAAACCCUACGGUGUCGAGAGUUUUCUCCGACAAUGCGGCGUCGUUCCGAAGAGCGGCGAAAGAGAUCAAAUGGCUCUUCGAUCUCGCGAGAUCGGAGGAAACACAAGAAUUUCUUUCGAGUCGAAGAAUUACAUGGCAAUUCAACACAGAACGAGCGCCUUGGCGAGGCGGCUUCUAUGAAAGAUUAUUUCGAACGAUCAAGGAACCAUUGAGAAAAAUUCUAGGCAAAAAUAUUCUCAACUUCAGAGAAUUAGAAACAACCCUAACCGAUGUUGAAAAAAUGGUCAAUGAUCGCCCCUUGACUCUGGUCAGCAACGACUCAAAUGAGAUGCUGCCCCUGAGACCGGCUGAUCUCCUGUAUGGCAUUCAGGGCAAACCGGCCUUGCCGGAGACGGAAGAAAUUAUCCAAUCCGCCGAACAGGCUACGGCAGAAGUAUUGUCUGACAGAUGGAAACAUCAACAGAAUGUCCUGAAUGCGUUCUGGAAGCGGUUUCGUACCGAAUACAUUCAACACGUCCGGUCCGCUCACAUGAGCAAGCCGGUCAAGGAACGGUCAAUUAAAGUGGGGGACGUGGUUUUACUGGAGGACCCGGCGGCAUCAAGGAGCUAUUGGCCCAUGGGGCGAGUUCUUGAGUUUGUUGGCCGGGAGGGACCGGAUGGAAAAAGGAGAACGUGCAUGGUCAGAUUACAAGCCGGGAAGAUUCUGCGGAGACCCAUCCAGCUACUUUAUCCACUGGAUGUGGCUCAAUAUUAG